AUGGGCUUCUCCAGGCUCUUCGGCGGGCACGAUCAACCCAAGGCAGCAGGAGCGAAGGAAGCACCUACGAAACCUGUUGGCGCUGACGUGCCCUACUGGAAGAAGCUUCCGAGGAGAUACGAGCAGCUGAAGCGAAAGGCGGCGGAGGUGCGCCGGCGGAGGGAGCAGCAGGAGAAGCGCGCCAAGCAGCUGGCGCUGCAGCAGGAACGAGCGCAGCAAAAGACUGGUAACGAGCAUCCUUGUAUGGAGGAUCUAAUGAGCCCUCGCAGCGUGUGUGAUAGUGCUCGUGCUAUGGAGCACGGCCAGGCAGCUUAG